AUGUCUUCACCUCCUCCAUUCAAGAGACCGCGAACAUCUUGUUUGGUAGAUUCCAAUCAGAAUAGUCAUUUGAAUUCAUCAGAAAAGCUUAAUCACACUAACGGUAUGGGGACAAACGGAGAGGUGAAUGAAAUCGAUGAGGGUUUGUACAGCCGCCAAAUACACGUUUUGGGCACGGUGGGAAUGCGCCGUAUGGCAACGUCAGACGUAUUGAUCUGUGGUCUCAGUGGUUUAGGAGUGGAAAUCGCCAAAAAUAUCAUACUCGCCGGUGUUCGAUCAGUCACUUUGUACGAUCAAAGUCCAAUAACCUGGACUGAUUUGUCAUCUCACUUUUUUGCGGGCGCGGAUGAUAUUGGUCACGGACGGGCUGAAGUAUCACGCCACAAACUGGCUGAAUUAAACACUCAUGUUGCUGUGCACAUUCUAGUGAAACCAAAAUUGGGUUUGGAGGACUUCAGGAAGUUCUCAUUGGUGAUUCUUACCCAAUGUCCCCACGAGAUGUGCCUUGAAGUGGGCGAUAUCUGUCACAAAUUGGGAAUCAGACUAAUCGUAGCUAACACAUGUGGAGUGUUCGGUAGAGUGUUCUGCGAUUUUGGCGAAGAGUUCACUGUGAUUGAUCCCACUGGAGAAGACCCUCCGUCUGUAAUGAUUCAGCAAAUUGAGAAGUCUCAACAAGGCUUAGUGACGUGCUUGGAGGAAACUCGCCACAAUUUUGUUGAUGGUGAUUAUGUCACAUUUUCUGAAGUAAAGGGGAUGACCGAACUGAAUGGUUGUGAGCCUCGCAAGGUGACGGUGGCUGGUAAGUCUCAUUUUUAUCCUUUUUAG